AUGGCUGCUAAUAAUUGUAUAUUUUCGCUCUCAGGAAGGGGUCUAAAGCUUGAAAGCAAGGAGGAGGUUCUUAGUGUUAUUAAGGAAUUGAUUUCAGAGAAAAAUAUUCGUGAAAUUUAUUUAAAUGGGAAUACUUUGAGUGUUGAGGCAUGUCAGAUAUUAGGAGAGGUAAUUCGUACGAAGAAGGAUUUAGAGGUAGUGGAUUUUUCAGAUAUUUUUACGGGUAGAUCAGCUAAAGAAAUCCCGUUUGCAUUAGAAUAUUUGUUAUCAGGGCUUUCUUCAUGUGAGAAAUGUAGUACGGUUUAUUUGAGUGACAAUGCUUUUGGAUCUACGGCGUCUGAACCAUUAAUUGCAUUUUUAUCUCGACAUCGGCCACUUAAACAUCUUUAUUUGACCAAUAAUGGGUUAGGACCGUCUGCUGGGGCAUGCGUUGCACGGGCCUUAGAAGAAUUAGCAGAGAUCCAAAGUCUAGAUCCGCCUGUACAUUUGGAAACUCUAGUUUGUGGUAGAAAUCGUUUAGAAAAUGCAAGUAUGAAAGCUUGGUCGGCAUGUUUCCGAGCACAGAAUAAGUUAACACAUGUAAAAAUGCCGCAAAAUGGAAUUCAAUCUCAAGGGAUUCGUAUUUUGCUUGAAACAGGGCUGACAGCAUGUUCAUUAUUACAAACUCUUGAUUUGCAAGAUAAUACAUUUACACUUUUGGGUGCAAAAACUUUAGCAAAAAUGCUUCCGAAGUGGCCACAUCUUAUAGAGCUUGCAGUUAGUGAUUGUCUUUUAUCAAGGACUGGGGGGAAAUUAUUGGCUCAGGCUUUAUUUGAUAAUAAUUUUAUGCAAUUGAAAAUAUUGAGAUUGCAGUACAAUGGAAUUGAUGAAGAAGGUGUAAAAAUAUUAGCGAAUGCAAUAGAAAGGACACUUCCAAGUAUAGAGUUAUUAGAAUUAAAUGGUAAUGUGUUUUCAGAAGAAGAUGAAUCAGUAGAAAAAAUUAGAAGAAUUUUUGAAAAACGAGAGAAAGGCGUAGUGGAUGACUUAGAUGAUAUGGAGGAGCUUUCUGAGAUGGAUAGUUCGGAAGAAUUGUCUGAACCAGAAAAUUCAGAUGAUUCGAGUAAGAACUUUGAUGAUAUUGAAGAAAAGAAAGUCGAAUUUCCUAUCAAGAAAGAAACGGGAACAAAUAUUUCUACUUUAUUGGAAGAAACACACUUGGUGUAA